GUCAAGGCAGUCACGGAUUGUAUUCGCGCUUGGUCCUACAGAAUUAUCACAAUUUGUAUAAAUACUCUUAAAACAAAGUAUUCAUGCUGCUAUAAACUAGGAACCUUCAGGCUUUGAAAAUAUAUACUGUACGCACUUUGUGGUUCACCAUUUGAAAGGACCUGAUGUAACAUGUUAAAAUGUCUUUAAAAGGAUCUUGAAAUCCAAGUGCACGUCACAGAAAAGGAUUUUUGUUUGUUUCGUUCCCACCACCUUUUUUUUUAAACACACCAACCAAAUGGUUACGCAUUGCUGGAUUACCAAUAGCGGGCUAGUCUAAACGGAUAAACAACAGGGAUAAAGCUUCUGUCCAACCAGCUGAAAUAAGACUGGAGAAUAACCAGAAAGGGAACGGGAAGAGGAGCGACAGCGUGUGGAGCUCCAUCACUUCCCAAAAGAUAAAAAGCAGGCAUCAAGUUCUCACAGUGACUGAAAAACUACUUCUAGUCCUGAAGGCAUCAUGGAUACACAGUUUGUGUAUGACCUUUUAGGGGAAAAUGCUUGGUUAUACAUCUCUGCUACCUUCAUUGUGUUGUGGAUUGUCGGGUGGCUCUACAGAGACAGCCUGGAGAUUGAGGAUUUCAAAUCUAAGUAUGUCUUUGUUACUGGCUGUGACACGGGGUUUGGAAACCUGCUGUGUAAGAAACUGGAUCGUAAAGGUUUCCGUGUACUAGCUGGCUGUCUCACAGAAAAGGGAGCUGAUGAUCUGAAAAGAGUGGCAGGGCCUUAUCUGAAGACUGUCCUGCUGGAUGUGACCAGUCAGGAUAGCAUUGAAAAAGCAAUGGAGUGGACCAAGCAAGAGGUUGGCGAUAAGGGACUUUGGGGUCUUGUGAACAAUGCUGGACGUUCAUUACCCAUGGGUCCAUCAGAGUGGAUGAAAGUGGAGGAUUUCCACAGCACACUGAAAGUAAACAUGAAUGGAGUGAUUGCCAUGACAAUGACCUUCCUGCCCCUCAUCAAACAGGCUCGUGGCCGUAUUGUAAAUGUAGCAUCAGUGCUUGGUAGGGUGGCAGCAAAUGGUGGUGGAUACUGCAUUUCCAAGUUUGCAGUAGAAUCUUUCUCUGACUGCCUCAGGAGAGACAUCCACUACUUUGGAAUUAAGGUGUGUAUCGUUGAGCCCGGGUUUUUCAAGACUGCAGUAACAAGCCUUGAACCCAUUGAGAGGGAGCUCCAUCGCCUGUGGAACCAACUCAGCCCUGAAGUAAAGGCCAGCUAUGGAGACAAAUACCUUGAUAAAUAUAUCAAGACACAGCGUUUGAUCAUGAAUGCCGUCUGCGACUCUGACCUCACUAAAGUGACCAACUGCAUGGAGCACGCUCUCUCUGCUGCCUACCCUCGCACCAGAUACAGUGCUGGCUGGGAUGCCAAGCUUGUCUGGAUCCCCCUCUCUUACAUGCCUUCCUUUGUAGUUGAUAUUGCACUGAAGCUCGUGCUUCCACGUCCUUCAAAGAGCGUCUGAUUUGGGAUGACCUACUUUAUGUAAUUUUGACGCAAUAAGGAGGCUGACAUUAAAAAGUUUUUUUUUCUUUUAAAAAUUAUCAAUUUUUCUUAUCAGAGUUGGCCAUGCGAUGAUAACAUGAUAACUUUAGAAAUUACUGUUAUUAUAUUUAUAAGUGUAUACCAUAGAAAAGUUUUUUUUCCCCUCUGUAAUGUCUGUUUGACACUUCCAGACAACAUAAAAAAUAUUCAUACAGUUUACUGUAUACGUACUAUUCUGUAUGUUGGGUGUUUUGACGCUAUUGUUUAUGGUGUUUGUUAUGGAUGUUGUUCACCAUGGAAGCCUGAAUCAAGAGCAUUUUAAUAUUAAGAAACUGUGUUUGUCAGAAUGCAAGGACGGGCAUGCUGCUGAAACGGGAGUGAGAAUGGGCUGCUGUAUACAGAAAUAAAAUAAAUAAAGAUUUGCUAUGAACCAA